ACAGUAUAAUUGGGGUUUGGGUGAAAACAAAAUCUGCCAUGGCACAAACUUUAUUGAAAAAUUUGGGACAUUUAAAGACUCAAUUGCAGUGCAACUGAAAGUACAACUUUAACAUGAUAUUGGAGAAAAAAAAGCAUAAAGGGAUUGACCUCCUCCCUGCCCUGUAUCCCAAUCUCCCUUGCCCUUGCUCAACAUACCUAAACAAGGGUAUAGCUAUUAAUUUUUUUUUUAAACCUCCUUUUUCCUACAUACCAGAUCAUUAAUUAAAGAAUUUCUUUUGCUGAGGGAAAGCAAAUCAGAGGUUAUACAAAAUUGCACUGAAGCAAUUUUCCAUAAACUUUGCCUAAUGGUUUUCUGAAUGCUAUUCAUUGAACUUUUGACCUCUGCAAUAUCAUAUAACUGCUAUUACCAAUUAUUCACUUUGCAGGAAAGCAUUAAAAUUACAUGCAUGUUUUUGAUGUGAAAUUCUCAUUUUCUGUGUGACAAGAAAGUAACUGAAGAGCAACUAUUUACUUUCUCAGCAUUAGGCCUGAAUUUAUAGACAUUUGUUUCUACCCUUUUUUUCCAAUCACUCACCAGCCUGAGAGAUCCCACAAUUUUUCCUCAUGCAAAUGUUUCACAUACUUUUAAGCAUCCUCACCAGCUUCCUUUUACCUCUCUUUAUAGUGAGCUCUUCACCUUUCCAAAUCUGUUUCUCUGGCAGUUAUCAGAGUUUCACUCAGUAUUAAAAGUGCAAUGAGAUUUGGAUUGCAUGUUCUAGCUUGAGGUUUUCCAGAUCUGUUUUACUGAUAAUGGUGAACACUUUGUGUCUCUUCUGGAAACUGUGGAGUAGAGUCCUGAUGUUUGUCAAAGGACUUACUGCAGUGACUGUUCUGUUCCCAGCUGGAGGACGGGAGCAAUUCCAUGGCCUUGGGUCUAUGUACUGCAGAGGAGCGGCUGCUGUGAUCCUCACGUACGACGUGAACAGCCUCCAGAGCCUGACUGAGCUGGAAGAAAAAUUCUUGGCACUGACAGACAGUGCAAGUGCUGACUGCAUUUUUGCUAUUGUUGGAAAUAAAGUUGACCUCAGUGAUGACUGUACUUUACCACCGGAUGAAAAUAGACCUGAGAAGUCUGUUGCCAGCUGUGGCUCAAAGGUGCGAAAACAAGUCCAUGCAGAGGAUGCGAUUGCACUCUAUAAAAAGAUACUGAAAUACAAAAUGCUAGAUGAGAAGGAUGUUCCAGCAGCUGAGAAAAUGUGUUUUGAGACCAGUGCAAAGACAGGAUACAAGGUGGACUACCUCUUUGAAACUGUGUUUGACAUGGUAGUCCCAAUAAUUGUACGGCAGAAAGCUGAGGGGCCACCGCAAACUGUAGACAUCACGGACUACAAGCCAGCCAAAAGGACAAAAUCAGGUUGUUGUGCCUGAACCAUCUAUGUGACAUAGGAAAAGGGGAGGGAUUUUUCACUCCAGCAAAAUGAGGAGCAAGAACUGCUUUGCAGUUCACCAGAAAGGAAAAGUCAAGGAAUAAAUAGACUAAAAUGAUGUAUGCAAAAAAAAAAAUAGAAACAAAUAAAUCUUCUGACCAUUAAAGGCUUCUGGGAAGCUCUGUGUAUAAAAAAAUGGGAAUAUGAGUGAAAUUAUGGAGUAAGACUUGCCAGUUUCCAUGGGCUCUGAAGACAAAUGGUGUGUUAUUACAAUGGGUAGUGACAAUCAUUUGGACAGAUUUGAAAGAGUCUGAUUUUUUAGGGACUUGCCAUUUCAUGUUGCAUGUAAAUGAUCUGUUUGUGUACUCUUGAAAACUUUCAUAUGAUUAUCUUCUUUUCCCUUACGAUUCUAACUUUGGAAGAUUGAACACAUGGUACUUUUUUAUUCUUAAGGCAAAAAAGAAAAUUCAGGUAUAUUUAUAUUUGUAGCUAAUAAAUCAAUUCAAUCUUUUUAUGUCAGACAUGACAAUGUAUGAUUUAGAAACUAAACUCUAUUAAACUAUUAAAAUCACUGUG